UCCUCAAGAAAUCUACUCCAUUUACUUCUCACACAUCCCUUCCCAUAUCUUUUACACACUACACGAAAUCUCUUUAUCUUCUCUCUUUAAAGCCACUAUUUUACCCUUAGGAUUUACAUCUCAGUUGGAAGGUUCAAAUGUCAAGGAAAGCGAGCAAACGAGUCAGCUUCAGUCCUGAUGUGAAUGAUAAGCCAACGGUUGUGCUCAAACACGGCAACGGUGGUGAUGGCGGAGCCGGAAUGUGGAGCUUCGGCCUUAGCAGAGAAACAAGGUACUUGCCGGUGAGGUUUCUACAGAGCCUUAAGGCCAGAGUAAGUGAAGCAAUUCGCUUUGUCUCAACAAGAAAAUCUUCACGAAAGGUUUCUUCAGCCUCCACUUUUACAAGGUCAAGAUCGGUCUCGGAUUCCAUGGACUCGCAUCGAGCUGAAGCCAUUGAAGAUUGUAUCGAGUUCUUAAACCACUCUUCAUCUUUGUCCAGAUCAAAUUCAGUCUCUGGAAGUACUUACUGAAAGUUCUGUACUUGUGAGAAUAGAAAAUGUGCAUGUAAAAUUUAGUCGAUAUUUUAGACAUUCUUUUGCGUGCCCGUCUCUGUAAGAUGAUGCUUUAGCAGGAGAUAAUAGAGUUUCUGCCUUUGAAGCUCA